GAGCAUCUUUGGGCGGUGGAGUGCAGAGGAGGUGACCUGCUGUGGAGUCCCAGUGACCAGCAACCAUGACGGACCAGCAGGCCGAGGCCCGGUCCUACCUCAGCGAGGAGAUGAUUGCUGAGUUCAAGGCUGCCUUCGACAUGUUUGAUGCUGAUGGAGGUGGGGACAUCAGCGUCAAGGAGUUGGGCACAGUGAUGAGGAUGCUGGGCCAGACGCCCACCAAAGAGGAGCUGGACGCCAUCAUUGAGGAGGUGGACGAGGAUGGCAGUGGCACCAUCGACUUCGAGGAGUUCUUGGUCAUGAUGGUGCGCCAGAUGAAAGAGGAUGCGAAAGGGAAGAGCGAGGAGGAGCUCGCCGAGUGUUUCCGCAUCUUUGACAGGAAUGCAGACGGCUACAUCGAUGCAGAGGAGCUGACUGAGAUUUUCAGGGCUUCUGGGGAGAACGUGACUGAAGACGAGAUCGAAUCUCUGAUGAAGGACGGGGACAAGAACAACGAUGGCCGCAUUGACUUUGAUGAGUUCCUGAAGAUGAUGGAGGGCGUGCAGUAAGGAGCCCGCUGGCACCUCCACCCAGACGGCGCGUCCCUAGGGUGUGGGCGGCUUCCCCUCCACCCGGUCUGUCCCCGCCCCAGAGAAAGGCGCGGCCCCGCCCGGGUCAGUGUCUGGAAGGAAUAAAA